CGGGGCUGGCGGCGAGGUCUUGGCUGCAGGCGCUGAAGCUGCUUCCCGCUCCACCUGCGGGCAAGCGAGCCGGCUAUGGGCUGCCGCGUACCGAGGGGCUGCCGGGCUGAGCCCUGAGCCCGCCGGGGCCGGCCAUGGGCGACCGCGAGCGCAACAAGAAGCGGCUGCUGGAGCUGCUCCAGGCGGCGGGCACCGGCAACGCGUACUGCGCAGACUGCGGGGCGGCAGAUCCCGACUGGGCCUCUUACAAGCUGGGCAUCUUUAUCUGUCUGAACUGCUCCGGAGUCCACCGCAACUUUCCAGACAUCAGCAAAGUGAAAUCCGUCAGACUUGACUUCUGGGACGACAGUAUCGUGGAGUUUAUGACCCACAACGGGAACCUCCGAGUGAAGGCCAAGUACGAAGCCAGAGUCCCUGCAUUCUACUAUAUCCCCCAGGCCAACGACUGCAUGGUCUUAAAAGAACAGUGGAUUCGAGCUAAGUAUGAGAGACAGGAAUUUAUGGCCGAUGGGAAAAACAUCUCACCCCCAGGUAACCGAGAAGGGUUCCUGUGGAAGCGGGGAAGGGACAACGCACAGUUCCUGAAAAGGAGGUUUGUCCUCCUGGCAAGAGAAGGCCUGCUGAAGUACUACACUAAAGAAGAGGGUAAAGACCCCAAAGCUGUCAUCAGCAUCAAGGACUUGAAUGCCACCUUCCAGACAGAGAAGAUUGGGAACCCCCAUGGGCUGCAGAUCACCUACCGGAGAGAUGGCCGCGUUCGGAACCUGUUUGUGUACCACGAGAAUGGGAAGGAGAUAGUGGACUGGUUCAACGCCCUCCGUGCAGCCCGUCUCCAAUAUCUAAAAAUGGCCUUUCCUGAGCUCCCAGAGUCUGAGCUUGUGCCCCUCAUCACCAGGAACUAUCUCAAACAAGGCUUCAUGGAAAAGACCGGUCCAAAGCAGAGAGAACCUUUCAAGAAAAGGUGGUUUGCUCUGGAUCCCCAGGAGCGCAGGCUGCUUUAUUACAAGAACCCACUGGAUGCCUUCGAGCUGGGCCAGGUGUUUCUCGGGAGCAACGAACAGGGGUACCAGGUGUUCGAAGAUCUGCCCAAGGGCAUCCGAGGGAACCGCUGGAAAGCUGGCCUCACCAUCGUCACCCCCCACCGGAGGUUCGUCUUCACCUGCCCCAGCGAGAAGGAGCAGCGUGAAUGGCUGGAGAGUUUUCGGGAGGUCCUCUCCAGGCCCUUGACACCCCUCAACCUCCUUGCUGUGUCAACAGAGAGUGACUGCAGCCACAGGUGACCCACUGGCCACGCAGCGCGCCUGGUGGAAAGGAGAGGUUACCACUUCAGCCUUGGGGGCCCCGCAGGAGUGCCCCCCCGAAGUCGGCAGCUGUCAUGGGCAGUGAACUUUGCCAAGACCAAAGCUUUGGCCUUUACCUGCCGGCUCCUUGGGCCUCCUCGCUGCCCUAGGGGUCUGGGGAGCUCGUAAAUGUCCUAGGGGCUCAGGACACCGGAAAUGAAGGCACUGCAAUGGGAAGGCACCCGUGGCAUCAGCCAAGAUGAAGAAACAGAUAACAACAAGAAGUUUAAGCUGAAUCCAACCAUGAGGAAACAAUCAGACAAGUCCACAUUAGAGGAAUUCUGCAAAACGACUGGUUGACACUUCAAGACUGCCAGUAUCAUGAAAGAUCAAGUAGUCUGAAAACUGUUCUAGAUUAGACAAGACUAAAGAGACAUAGACAUAGCCACAAAAUGCAAUUCAUGAUUCUUGAUUAGAUCUUGGAUUUUAAACAGUUUUUGACAUGUAAUCCAGAUAACUGGGGAAGUUCCAAUAUGGAUGUAUAUUAGCUAGUAGUAUUAUAACAUUGUGAUAUUGUGCUGUAUUUGUGUAGGAGGACGCUCUUGUUCUGAGGGAUUCUGAAGCAGUCAGGGAUAAAAUAUAGUAUGUCUACAUAUGUCAUAUGUAUGUCAUACAUGUCAUAUGUGUGUCAUAUGUAUGUCAUACGUGUCAUAUGUGUGUCAUACAUAUGACAUACAUGUCAGCAAAAUAUAAAUAUAUCUGUACAUAGAGAGUAUAUACAUAGAUAUAGUGUGUGUGUAUUUAUGAAAAAGAAAGUCUGUGUACACACUCACUCAGGGGGAGAGAGAGAAAGCGGACCACUGUGCAAAAUGUUAGCAACUUCAUCUAGAUGAAGUAUAGCUGGAUGCUUAUUGUCCAAUUCAUGCAAAUUUCCUAUAGGCUGGAAAGUUUUCGAAUUUAAAAGUUAGGGGGAAAUUACUUUAAAAGCAUCCACUUUUCACUCUUCAAUAGUAGUGGGUUUUCCCCAUGAAUCGAAAAUGUUCCUGGGAGAGUUUUACCUUUGUGCACAUCUUAGAAGAUAUAAAAGUGUAGCUAAUACAAAAGAACAAACAACCCCCCUCCCCCCAAAGCACAAUGUUCCCAUCCACGCACUCUGGAAGGAAAGAAGGAAGACAAGACGACAACUCCCCUGGACCCCAGGGAGAGAGCUAUCCAGCCUGAAUGCCAUGUCUGGCCCUGCCACUAACUCACAUGUGAGUGCUCAGUCGCUCAGUCGCUCAUUCGUGUCUGACUCUUUGCGACCCUGUGGACUGUAUCCCGCCAGGCUCCUCCAUUCAUGGGAUUUUCCAGGCAAAAAUACUGGCCGCUAAUGAGACUGUUGGAAAACUCACUUCCCCACUUCUGUGCCUUGGUUUUUCCCUUUCAAAUGAGGAAGUUGAAGCAACUGCUGAAAUUCAAUGGAAGCAACAGCUAUUUCUGAGCACCUCCCAGGUGCCAGGCUCUGCACGGGCAGGAACCAGAUGACGUGGUCCCCGCUGUCACAGAUUUCAGCCCGCCAGACAGCAGGCCUAACAAGGGCAAGACAAUGAGGCAAGUGUUCAGAAAGGGGAUGUGCGGGCUGCUGCAAGGUGUGUGGCAAUAGGGUUCACCCUGAGCGGGAGGAGGGAGCCUCCUUCUUUUCCAGAAAGUGACGUCUAAGUCGAAAUCUUAAACUGUUCAGAGGUUAGUCAAAGGGAAGAGGGCCAGAAAAACACUGUAGGGUAAGGGAGGAAAAUGUUCAGAGGCUCCCAGAUGGGCAAGAGGAACGGAAAGAAAUCGCGGGUGGCUGCAAUGUUAGAGAAAUAGAUCAUUCAGGUCUAGGCUCUAUGAUUCAUUAUCUUCAUUCAAAACAAUGAAGAUGUUGUUUUCAUUUCAGUGGAGACCCACAGGGUUGGGAGGGUCUUUAAGAGAGUCUCUGCUUUUUCGUGGGAUUUUCCUUUGAUCAGAGGACAAGUAACAUCAUCAAGCUGUCUUUCCUGAGGCUUCCUGACUGCCCAGAUGAAGACAUGCUUGCUUCCUCUUCUGUCUCCUAAAGCACCUUGAAAAUGUCUGUUUCAACACCUGCUGGGCUGUAUGUAUGUUAAGGGUCAUGUUACUUGCCUGCCUUUUUUUUUUUUUUAAACCACACUGUUACACUCUGUUGGCUGUACUCUGCUAAGUUCUGAAAAUGAGAGAAUCAAUAAAGGAACUUGUGGUCCAGAGAAGAAGAAAGAGAAGGAAA